AUGUGUCCGUAUCUGCGAAUUACAGCAUUCACUCUGAUCACUUUGGGUUUGAAUACGGCACAGCUGAUGUUACCUGCCAAGUACCGGAAACAUGUACAACACCGACACAUGUGGCGAUCACUUCACAAUCACCUAAAGAGGAUGGAUCCUUGCAGGACAUACGCGCAUUCCAACCUGUUAGGAGAGGAAAAGAAAGACUUUCCUUACGAUUUUACAGUUUGCAUUUCUGUCAUGUAUGAUUAUGACAAUGUGCUGGAGCUUGUGCAGGCCAUGGAGAUGUUCAAGAUACUCGGUGUCCAGAAGGUAGCUAUUUACAAAACCAGCUGCCAUCCUGUUACACAGAAGGUCCUGGAUUACUACAUCGGGCAGAACUUUGUGGAGAUCAUCCCCUGGAGUGUAGCAUCCUACAUUAAUGUGUCCAGAGGCUGGCAGAAGUCAGUCUCACCAGGGGAGCUGCACUACUUCGGGCAAAUUGCGGCGCUCAAUGACUGUGUGUAUCGUUACAUGUACCAGAGUCACUAUGUGGCUCUGCAAGACUUGGAUGAAUUCAUCCUCCCUAUGAAUUUAAACAACUGGAAAGAGCUCCUGCCUGAAUUGGAGAGGAAAUACAAUCAGGAGGUGGGCUUUGAGUUUGAGAAUAACUUUUUUCCUCUUUCCAUAAGGCAUCCAAGACCUGAAUAUUCACCAGACUCUUGGAAGAAGGUUAUGGGAGUAAACAUUUUAGAAUAUGUCUAUAGGUUAAACAAUGAUCCUACAAAGUUCAAUGAUUUCAAAGUCAUUGUAAAUCCUCGUUUAGUGUUUAAGACUAUGGUCCAUGGCUUUUUGCAGUCCAUUAAGGGUAGUGUCAGAGUGGACCAUGAGAUUGCCCGCAUGUAUCACCUGAGGAACGUUACAAGGAAAGAUGUGAUAACACAUUACCACAUACGGGACACACGUCUCAGAGACUACGCGUACAGACUGAUGCCUGCUGUUUCUGAAGUGCUUCAGAAAGCACUGGACAUUUACUAACCUAUCUGUGAUAAGCCAAAAAAAAUAUAUGUGAAAAGUAUGGUUAGAGGCAUGAUACAAACAUGCCACUGGACUCUAAUAAAUUUAGCUCAAGGGAAGUUUAGCUGAAUUGUGCAGGACAGGAAGAGGUACAUUUCCUGUCAGAAUCAUUUCUCUGUGUCACUUUGCCUUUCCCUUCUGCACAGGAAAUGUCACUAGCAGACUCUGGCAAUUUAAACGAUAACUCUAAGCAUGUCAGGCAGCACAAAAGCAACACGAAGCAUAUGAAAGUUCAUUGGUACAUUAUUUGCAAAAAUACAAAGCCUUUAAACAUGACUUUCAGCUUAUUUGAAUCUCAACAUUUUUAUUGUUAUUUUUAAUAACAUAUUUCUGUGUGGAUAAUCCCAACUCCCACUGUAUGAGAUCUCAGACAUAUCUGUAUCCAUGAUUAACAGACUUCCUUUGAGCCUUAGCAGCAUUGCUGUCAGUAGAGCACUGGAUUUUUUUUUCUUCUUCUUCUUUUCAGAAAUAAAACUGAAUUUAAAUAAACUUGACCUACUGCAAAACUGUUUACUUGAUUCCUGCAAAACUGAUUGCACUUUUUAGAGAUAAUUAGAUCAUUUAUCAAACGUGUGAAACGCUGUUCAAUCUGCAGUAUUCCUGAAUCCCAUGAUGCCUAUGUGUAAAACAUGAUAUGUGCAAAACUUGAAGUAGUUAAAUACUAAUGAGACAUCUGACA